GACAGCAGCGUCUCCACCGGCGGUGAAUUAACGCGUUUGCGGGCGGAGGCGGUGAGCGCGCUGCGGGGCUGAAGAAAACGAGCGGUCCACCAUUGUCUGCAGAGGAAUAAGAAUAUGGCCUGGAUGUGGAAGAGGAAGUCGCUGAUCGCCACCAGUCUGAUCGUGGCCGUCUCGCUCUUCGUGGUCGUGGUGAACUACUCGGAGAAGCCCUACUUCCUCCUGCAGCCGGUGUUCGGCCAGACGUUCAGCAGCCACUGGAUGUUCUCCAAGCAGCCGUACAAGGCCUUCAAACCUCACCUGGGCUACGUCAGCAUCCCCAAACAGGAGCCCCUGAAGCUCCACUGUGAGCUGUGCAGCAUCGUGUCCAGCUCCGGCCAGAUGCUCGGCCAGGCCGCCGGCCCGCAGAUCGACCGCUCGCCCUGCAUCUGGCGGAUGAACAACGCGCCGACGCGGGGAUUCGAGCGCGACGUGGGCCACCGGACCACUCUGAGGGUGGUGUCGCACACCAGCGUCCCCCUGCUGCUGCAGAAGCCCCAGUACUUCUUCGGCCAGGGCAACGACACCGUGUACGUGGUGUGGGGGCCUCUGCGAAACAUGAGGAAGGACGGGAAGGGCAUCGUGUACAACAUGCUGCGACAGGCGUCCGAAAACUACCCCAAUGCUCGCAUCUACGUCACCACGGAGGACCGGAUGAACUACUGCGACAUGGUCUUCAAGAAGGAGACGGGAAAAGACAGGAUCCAGUCCGGCUCGUACCUCAGCACCGGCUGGUUCACGCUCAUCCUCGCCAUGGACAUGUGCAAAGAGAUCCAUAUCUACGGCAUGAUAAAUGACACCUACUGCAAGACAGAGGGCAACAAAAAGGUUCCCUACCACUACUACGAGGCAGGCAGCCGGGACGAGUGUGCAGAGUACCUCCUCCAUGAGAGCGCCCCCUAUGGGGGACACCGCUUCAUCACCGAGAAGUCCGUUUUCUCCAAGUGGGCCAAGACUCACGCCAUUAAGUUCUUCAAUCCGCCCUGGCAGCUGUCGUGACCCUGGCUGAACCAGCGUGGAAAUAUCAUCAUCUAUCAUCGACAUGUGGAGACCAAGUGAAUCUCUGCAGUGACACUUUCAAACACAAGCAUCCAUUUUAGCACAAAUUUCAUUCCAUGAGGGUUGUUGGUCAAGUCCUGGUUGGUCACAGGUGGAGCCUCAGGAUUUAGGCUCCUGAAUUGGACAAAUUAACAUGAAGGUUUGACCAACCCAGACAGCACUGACAUAUCUCCUGCUUCUUGAAUAUAAAGUCUCGUUCUUCUGAUUUUCAGAACUGAAGAAUGUGCACGACUCGCUGCUCUGCACUGACUAAUUGAUCCAUUCGCUGCUCUGUGAGUCUAGCAAAGGAUGGCUUGAACUUAAAAAAAAAAGAAGAAACAAGCGUCCGUCAGCUCGCAGUGACCUCGGCCGCUGACAUGUCCGCAGGCUCUAGACAUCACAGAGGCUGAAUUUACAUUUUUCUUUCCAGGGCUGUAGCUGAAAACGAGCUCAGCGACUGCGGAGACGAUUUGCGACGACGAGGACGUCUGACGAGCUCGUCUACUCCGUUUCCUCCGAGCGUCUGUCUUCUGUCAGGCUGUAAUUAAUCUGUAACGAGUAUCAUUCAGGCCUUCAUCUCUGACAGAGG